AUGUGGUCUUUAUUCAGGCUAUUUCUGCCUCUAUCUCUGUUUAUCAUUCUUCAUGCUGAAGGUGGAAGCGUGAACAGGAAAAUUUGGCCAUUCAAUAAUUCGAUUCCGGCAAUUUUUGUGUUCGGAGAUUCGACUGUUGAUUCUGGCAAUAAUAAUUACUGGAAAACUCCUUUUAAAAGCAAUUUUCCGCCUUAUGGGAUGGAUUUCAUGAACCAUAUUCCGACAGGAAGGUUUACAAAUGGACGGCUUGUCACUGAUUUUAUAGCUUCAUACUUGGGGAUCAAAGAGUAUGUACCACCGUAUUUGGAUCCAACACUAAGCUUGGAGGAGUUGAUGACUGGAGUUUCUUUUGCUUCCGCCAGCUCCGGGUUCGACCCCCUCACACCUACAAUAAGUGGUGUAAUCUCCAUGCAAAAACAACUGGAAUAUCUUAAAGAAUACAAAACAAGACUUGAACUCGCAAUUGGAAAGGAAAGAACAAAAAGUCUGAUGAGUAAGGCCGCGUUUGUUAUAAGUUGUGGUACAAAUGACUUUGUGAUAACUUAUUAUGGCACCCCAUUUCGACGCCAAACGUACUCAGUCUCUGGUUACCAGCAAUUCUUGUUGCAGCAUGUCCAGCAGUUCUUACAGGGUUUAUUGGAGCAAGGAGCUCGAACGAUAGCUUUGGUGGGACUACCACCAAUGGGGUGCUUGCCGAUUGUAAUUACCCUCACUCCCAGCAAUGCAUUCCAUAGUCGUGGAUGCAUUGAAUCAUUAUCCUCCAUUGCAGUUGAUUACAACCAGCAGCUGCGUACAAAAUUGAAGGCCAUGGAAAGCUAUGCCUAUGGUACCAAAAUUGUUUAUGCUGACAUAUAUAAACCAUUGGAUGAAAUUACCAAAAACCCCUCCAAAUUCGGUUUUGACAAGGUUUACACUGGUUGCUGUGGGAGUGGAUACGUAGAAGCUUCAGUUUUAUGCAAUCCAACGUCACCCGUUUGCUUUGAUACCUCUAAGUACGUGUUUUUCGAUGCAAUACACCCAACGGAAGCAUCUUACAAUUAUAUCUUCAAGGCUCUGCGUCCGACCAUUGAUCAAAUUAUCAAGAGUUACGUUUAA